UUUGUGUACGGCACACGUGAAUUUAUUUGCAAUUAUUUUAAUUUCGUUAUUGAUUGAUGCCAGCAACAAAAUUAGUUCGCAGACAAUAAUAAACAUUGACAUAUGACACAUCACAUCAAUUGGCAGUUACACAAACGUCUUUAGAAAAUGGACUUUUUCUCGAUUUUCAAGACGGCCCAAACAAAGAAGCCCGAACAUCUCGCCAACAAAGACAAGAUCAUGGAGCUGGAACAGGAAUUGGAGGAAGUGAUGACUCGCAACUUCUCGCUGAGAUUCAUGAUCAAAGAGAACAACAUGGAAGUUCCUCUAGAGUCGAUGGAUGUUCUGGAUGGGAAAGAUUUCCACGACAUCAUGAAAAACUACGAGAAUUUCAUCAAUAAACUCAAUUCAACCAACGGGAAGCUGCAUGAGAAGCUGAGUAUUAAAUUAAUAGAGUUGAAUGAGUGGGACAAGGCAGUGAAGGCGGUUGAGAACAAGUACCAUCAAGCUAAGUAUGUUCUUGCGGGGUUAAAGGACAACGAGGAGAUUUUGCAGCAGUGCGUCGUGGAAUGUCGAGAACUUCUCACCGCGUUGUAUGAGAAGUAUCACAUUUUGGAGAAGUACAAAUUGAUUAACUAGGAUUUAAUGUUUGUUUCAUAAAAUGUAUCAUGUAUAUUUAGGUGGUUUGUUAUUGUAAAUGUCAGUCACAUUAAUUUUUGUUAAUAUCUAAUUAAAUCA